AGCUUGAAACGAACGUCUGCCUGAAAGCCUGAAUUCAGGGAAUAGAGACGGCAAAUACGCUGCAGCUGUUUUUGUCCUAGAGAGCCGCCGUAGCCGUCAUGGCGGUCCUGGUAGGAGCUGUGUUAGCUGUUCUACUUACAUGUUUGCUAUUUCUUAUCAGGUUAUAUAUUGUUUUGAAAAGUGGACCAAACUAUAAGCCUGGAACGAAAGGUUCGGUCGCUGUUCUCAUCGUUGCGGGUUCAGGUGGUCACACGUCAGAGAUCUUGCGGGUAAUGGAGUGCCUCUCUGCAGCCUACACACCUCGACACUAUGUCAUCGCGGACACUGACAGGAUGAGUGAGGAGAAAAUCUGCACCCUUGAAAACUUAAACCGACACUCAGACCGUGACCCACAGUUCACCAUCUGUCGGAUCCCACGGAGCCGGGAGGUCCAUCAGUCUUGGAGUUCCUCUGUUAUCAGCACUCUGAAUGCUUUGCGGUUCUCUCUUCCUCUGGUGUUCAGACUCAGACCUGAUAUGGUGCUGUGCAACGGCCCGGGGACGUGCGUUCCCCUUUGUGCGGCAGGACUCCUGCUUGGAAUUCUGGGAAUGAAGAAGGUCCUUAUAGUUUAUGUUGAAAGUAUCUGCCGGGUGCAGACGCUGUCGCUCACAGGGAAGAUCCUGUACCCAAUAUCAGAUUAUUUCUUUGUUCAGUGGGCCUCUCUUAGGGACAAAUACCCCAAAUCAAUUUUCCUCGGACGAAUAGUGUGAAAACUUUGGUUACACAUUUACACAAAUGUAACAUCAUAUAUGUUGAAAAGUUUAUUGUAAUGAUCAUGGAAUAAAUGUUUAUUUUUUUAAUCGCUGAGUUAUGAACAAAAUGAACAUGUGUAUCAUGGCGGUCUUCAA